AUGACUUUAUACAAGAGAAUUGUUGACUUGACCAUAAAAAAAUAUCAUAAGUCAGUUGUAAAAGUUGCUUCUAUGUUUAGCCUUUCUAGAUCUACUGUAGAUAACAUAAAGAACAGUUUCAUAGAUAAUGGAAAGAUCGUGGUCAAGCAAAGAGGUGGCAGAAAGAAGGAAUGUACAAAAAUCAUGGAAGAACAUUCAGAAUAUCUCAUUGAGAUCCUAGAUGAAGAUUGCACAUUGACUCUUGAGAUGAUGAGAGAAAAGCUUUACGAAUGCUUUGAUGACUUACAAGAAAAAGACAUAAUGUUCAGCAUACUAUACUGUCAUAUAAUGAACAAUAUUGGGUUCACCUUAAAGCGAACCAAGGCUGUGGAGGAGAGGAGAAACGACCCGGAUGUUAUUGAAGCAAGGAGAAAAUUUGUGGAGUCUCUUCCAGAACUUGGGGUUGCAUAUGUAGCCAAUUGUAUUUUUAUUGACGAAGCUGGAUUUAAUAGGGCACUCAACAUCAGCAUCUUGGCAGCAAUAUCAAACAAUGGUGUCAAGAGCAUGUCAGCUAAGCUUGUUCCAAAAGGCACCAACAUUGAACUUUUCAUCAAGUUCUUAAAGACAAUCAUAAAAACACUGGACAAUAUCAAUGCUGUUCCCCAGUGGUUCAUCCUGAACAAUGCUCCCAUCCACAGAUCCCAUUUGGUCAGAGACUUUAUGGCGACAACAUAA